AUGGACACAACAAAUGCCCCUUAAAUUAUUGAGCAUCUCAAUAAAUCACUAAACUUCACUCCUUUUGUCACAAGAUGGAUUCCAGGAACUGCAAAAUUUGUAUUAUGUGGUCAGCCACCUAAAGCAAACGGAAUUAUUGAAAUAUUGUAGUUGAAUAAAACAGAACUUCAAACCUUAGCAUCAAUUGAAUAACCUAAAGGAAUAAAAUGUGGAUAAUUUUUGGAUAAUUUAUUUGCAUUUGGUGAUUUUGAUGGAAAACUGAAAGUUAUAGAUCUAGAAACUAGAAAAACCACAUUUGAAGUUAAGGCACACGAUCAAAUAAUUAAUUCGAUUGAUACUUGUUUCAAUAUUGGAGCUCCUGAAAUUGUAACUGGUUCCAGAGAUGGAUGUGUAAGAGUAUGGGAUCCAAGAUAAGCAGCCCCAGUUGUAUCAUUAGAGCCCAUAGGAAAAGAUGUUAUACCUGAUGCUUGGAGUGUUGCAUUUGGUAAUUCAUAUAAUGAUGAACGUGUUAUUGCCUGUGGUUAUGAUAAUGGAGAUAUUAAGCUAUUUGAUCUAAAAUAAAAUCAGUUGAUUUGGGAUACUAAUGUAAAAAAUGGAAUCUGCGGGAUUGAAUUUGAUAGAAAGGAUAUCUAAAUGAAUAAGUUAAUAGCCACUACCUUAGAAAGCAAAAUUAAUGUUUUUGAUUUGAGAACUUUCAAUAAUGGGUAUGCAUCACUAACACAUGAAGGAUAAAAGUCCACUAUUUGGGGAGUCAAACAUUUACCUUAGAACAGAGAUGUAUUUGCAACCCAGGGAGGAGAUGGUGCUUUAAAUAUUUAUAAAUAUUCGUAUCCAUCAUAAAGAUAGAUCUAAGAUGCUGAAGGAAAACCUAAGGGAGUUAUAGGAAAAUUAGAAUUACUCAACAAAUAAGAGAUAUGUUAACAGCCGAUUUCAUCUUUGGAUUGGAAUUCUGACAAAUUGGGACUGGCUUGUUUGUGCGGGUUGGAUUAAACUUGUAAAGUAAUUAUUGUUACCAAAUUAAAUUUGUAUUGA